AUGUCUACCAGACCAUCCGACAAGCUCAGAAACAUCGAGGGGCGACUUCAGCCAUCCAGUGGCCCCAUCAAACCAGCAGGGGCACUCAUAGGCUCCCAGAGCACCACAGAGUCUCUCGGACGUCCCCCAGACGUUGGCGGAGACCCCCCAGUGCCUUCGUGGACCUCAAAUCUCCGUAACAACUGCCAGAGACCGCCAUCCACUCACGUUCAAGCGUGUUGA